GUGUUCAGAAAUAUCGUAGCAAAAGAAACAUAGGAGUUUGUCGUUAGGAGAUAGGGCUAAGUGGAGUGAAGAAUUUUUCGAGAUGAAAAAUGAAAAUUAUUUUUCAUACAAAAUUUAUUAAUAAAUAAUUAUUUUUCUGCUAAACAAGAUGGAGUAAACUCAUUCAUAAAAAUACUAUAAAUCAUAAUUAUUAAAAAUACUACUACUACUUAUUUUGAAAUAAAAUCAUAUUCUCCGUCUAUACAGAUUUAGCUUCCAUUUUCAGCAAAAACUCCAUGGACAACAACACCAACACUCACCAAUCUCCCACUGACGCUUCCGCGGCAGCAGCAGCAGCAGCAGCAGCGGCGGCAACGGCGGCUCAGUCAGCCUCAGCCGUAGCCGCAUAUCCAGGGCAGACACCGUACCACCAUCUCCUUCAACAACAACAGCAACAGCUGCAAAUGUUCUGGAAUUACCAGCGUCAAGAAAUAGAACAAGCUAAUGAUUUCAAAAACCACCAACUUCCCUUAGCUCGUAUAAAGAAAAUCAUGAAAGCUGAUGAAGAUGUUCGUAUGAUUUCCGCCGAAGCUCCUGUGCUCUUUGCAAAAGCCUGUGAACUUUUUAUCCUCGAACUCACGAUUCGUUCGUGGCUUCACGCUGAGGAGAAUAAGCGUAGGACGUUACAGAAGAAUGAUAUCGCUGCGGCGAUUACUCGUACGGACAUUUUUGAUUUUCUCGUUGACAUUGUGCCUAGGGAUGAAGUUAAGGAUGAGGGAGUUGGGCUUGGGCUUGGACCGGGUAUUGUGGGCCCUACUGCUAGUGGUGUGCCGUACUAUUAUCCUCCGUUGGGUCAGCCGGCUCCCGGUGGGGUAAUGCUUGGUAGACCUGCUGUUCCUGGUGUUGAUCCGUCAAUGUAUGUGCAUCCACCGCCAUCACAGGCGUGGCAAUCUGUGUGGCAGACAUCGGAGGAACAUUCGUAUCCUAGUGGAGGUGGAAGUAGCAGUGGACAGGGGAACGUAGACGGCCAAAUUGAGACUGUAUGUACCAAUUGGAAAGAAAUUGGCCCAAAUUGAGCUAAAUGGAUAAUGGUUAACCGUUGGUUUGAAAAAUACAAUCGGAAAGUGGCAUUGCUUUGUUCUUUAUUCCUUGUGGUGAUAAGUUAGAAGAUCUCGGUUGCUACUGGUUUGGAGGCUUUAACAGUAGAAGUAGAAACUAGUAGUUAUGGAAGGGAGAACGUGAUUUCUUUCUCAAUUGUAAAUCCACCUUGUUGCUACUGUCGGUUUAACUGUAAGACUUGGAUCUCUGUCUGUAUAAAACUUGACUGUUAAAACUCGACUGUUUGUCUAAUCCUGGGUAAAAUACUGUUGUGAUUACUAUAA